CUUCCCCCCGUGGAGGCACUAUAUAUGUACGCUGCUCUUUUAGUGACACCACAUCAUUUCUGCUGUCUGCCACAAUCAACCUGCUCACUGACGAGAAUACAAUACCAAAAGAUUACAAUUUGAGUUCACUAAUGGGCUCGUUUAUAAUGAACGGAGAAAGCCUCGGUGACCUUGGGGAAUUAUACGACGAUUCCACUGAUGAUGAAAACGAGGACAUGUGCGACCCCAACGCGGGUGGGCAUUUUGAGGCGGUGUUCAUCCCAGCUCUGUACUCUGUGGCGUUUAUUGUGGGCAUCCUGGGGAAUGGAGUGCUGCUGGGAGUUCUGGCUCAGAGUAGGAGGACCUGGAGUGUGACGGACACCUUCAUCCUCCACCUUGGUGUGGCAGAUGUCCUGCUGCUGGUGACUCUGCCCCUCUGGGCUGCACAGUCCGUUCAUGGAUGGACCUUCGGCACUCCUCUCUGUAAGAUCACCGGAGCUGUUUUUACGAUUAACUUCUACUGUGGAAUCUUUCUGCUGGCCUGCAUCAGUCUGGACCGCUACCUGUCUAUCGUCCACGCUACCCAGAUGUACUCCCGCAGGAAGCCCUGGGUCGUUCAGAUCAGCUGCUUGGCAGUGUGGCUCUUCUCCCUGCUCCUUUCUAUCCCUGACUGGAUCUUUUUGGAUGCUGUGGAGGAAGACAGACUAAAUAAUAAAACACAGUGUGUACGCAACUACCUCAAGUUUGCCUCUGGGGCAGUAGGUGACUGGCGACUAGCAUCCCGCCUGCUCUUCCACACCGUGGGCUUCCUGCUGCCUUCAGUCAUCCUGAUCUUCUGCUACUCCUGCAUCCUGCACCGGCUGCGGUGCGGCUCCCAGGGCCUCCAAAAGCAGAAAGCUUUCAGGGUCAUCGUGGCAGUAGUGGCAGUUUUCUUUCUCUGCUGGACGCCAUACAACAUCACACUCAUGGUGGACACACUUCAUUUCAGCCACAUCAGUGAGACCUGUGGAGUCAGAACGUCUCUUGAAACAGCCAAGAUAAUCACCUCCUCUGUGGGCUACCUCCACUGCAGCCUCAAUCCCAUCCUGUAUGCGUUUGUGGGUGUGAAGUUCCGCCGUCAGCUCCUGGACAUCCUGAGGUCUCUGGGCUGCAAGCUGAAGACAAGUGCCAAACUGCAAUCUGUUGGUACCAGCAGGAGAAGCUCCAUUUGGUCGGAGUCUGCUAACACCUCCAACUCCCUUGCUAUUUAAAAGAAAGAGACAAACGCAUUAACAAGCAUUUGUAAAGAAAAUUACCAAGCUGAGAAAAUUAUGUAAAGUAAUAAUUUUCAAAUAAGUUUUUUAAAGCAGGUCAAAGUGCUGUAAAAGUAUCAAAAAGCUCAGUCCAUGGAGAUAAACACACAACUCGAUUCAGAAACGGUGCCUUUAAACAAUAAAUCUGGGUUUUAUUUAUACAAUAUAUAGACCACUCCAAAAAUUGUGUAAACCUUCUAAAUGUGUCCCAGUUUAUUUCCGAUUGCAGUGUGUGUGAAUGAUAACAGCUGACAGGGACACAAACAUGGACACAAUUCCGCAUGUUUAUGUGUUUGAGUAUGGACCCAAAGUACAAGUAUGAACCUGAAAAUGAUGUAAUAUGUAUGUAAAAAGAGACAUGUACAGCAGCUUGAACAAUGCUUUGGUAAAUGUCCUGUGUGAUCUAACUGGUAACAUGCGAUGCUUUCUUUCAGUGUCCUGUAGUUCACAGUAUAUUAGGAGCGGACCAUGAAAAUGGUCAACAUGAACAUGACUAAAAUAAAUGUUUUCUUUAUUCUUUU